AUGGCUCUAUGGCCCAUAUACAGCCUCAACUUUCUCUGCUGGGUUUGUUUAUGGUCUCUGGGAGCAGCAGCAACGUCUCCCCUUUCAAAUGACAAGCCUGGGGGCCCCUUGGACUGGCUCCUGUCAGACAAGGGGCCCUUCCACCACUCUCCGGAGUAUAUUGACUUUGUGGAGAAGAACAGACAAGGCUUCUCAACCAGAUACAAGAUCUACAGAGAGUUUGGGAGAUGGAAGGUAAACAAUUUGGCAUCAGAGAGAAGAGAGUUUUCACAGUCUUCGUUACCUUUGACAUCUGAGUUCAUCAGGAAUAUUCGACUCCUUGGCCGCAGGCCCAGCACCCAGAUGAUCACUGAUAAUCUGAUCAAGAAAUAUGGAACUCACUUCCUACUGUCAGCUACACUCGGAGGAGAAGAAGCAUUAACGAUAUUUGUUGACAAGAGAAAACUCAGUAAGAAAGGAGAAGUGAGCGAUUACUCAAGUAAUUCAUCGACUGUCAGCCUGGAAGCUCUACACCAGCUGGCCGCAUCCUACUUCAUUGACAGGGAGACCACUCUGCGCAAGCUGCAUCACAUCCAGAUUGCCUCCACUGCCAUUAAGGUGACGGAAACUCGCACUGGUCCCCUUGGAUGCAGUAACUAUGACAACCUUGACUCUGUUAGCUCUGUACUGGUUCAGAGCCCUGAAAACAAGGUCCAGCUGCAAGGUUUGCAAAUCAUCCUUCCAGACUACUUGAGAGAAGGUUUUGUGCAAGCUGCUCUAAGUUACAUCGCCUGUAAUGGCGAAGGAGAAUUUGUUUGCAAAGAUAACGACUGCUGGUGCAGCUGUGACGCCAAGUUCCCAGAAUGCAACUGUCCAUAUAUGGACAUUCAAGCCAUGGAGGAGAGUUUAGAGAGAAUCACCGAGACGUGGGGGCAGCUUUACAAAGAUUUUGAAGAAUCAGAUGAAUUUAAAACCUUCUUUGCAAGGCUGCCUCAAAACCAAUUCCUUAACAUGUCCACCAUCCAACACUUGUGGACACUUGACAACAUGUUCCAUGGGCGAUAUGAGCAGCUGGAGAACAACAUGCAUGUCCUUGCCAAGCGUGCGGAAAGAGUCAUAUUUAAACUCUUCAGUUUAAGCAAACGGUGUCACCGACAGCCACAAGUUCGCUUACCUAGAGAAAGGUCUCAGUCCUACUGGCUGAGUCAUUUCCAGUCUCUCUUGUAUUGUUCAGAGAACAACCAGCUUGGUGCAUUCUCUGAGGAGCUCCACAGCUGCAGCUGUCGAUAUGAACACAUCCCCUGUCAGCUCCCUCCACCCUGCUCUGUUGGCGAAGGCUCUGCUUGUGCAGAAUGUGCGUUAGACAACCACACCCGAUGCGGGGGCUGCAAUCCAGCCUUUACCCUGAUACAGGGGGUCUGUAAACCAAUGGUGGCAGAUUCGACAGAAAACUACUUGGGGUUGGAGACCGACCUCCAAGAUUUGGAACUAGGCUAUCUUCUUCAAAGAGCUGAUCGUAGGCUUGAGGUUCAUGCAAUUUUCAUCAGCAAUGACAUGCGUCUGAAUAGCUGGUUUGACCCUUCUUGGAGAAAGAGGAUGCUGCUGACAUUGAAAAGUAAUAAGUACAAAUCAAACAUGGUCCACAUGCUGUUAGGAAUAUCUUUGCAGGUUUGCCUUACAAAGAACAGCACACUGGAACCUGCCCUUACACUCUAUAUCAAUCCUUUUGGCGGUAGCCAUUCAGAGAGUUGGUACAUUCCUGUCAACGAAAACAAUUUUCCUGACUGGCAGGCCACAAAGCUAGACUUGCCCUUUGAGUGUUAUAAUUGGACUCUGACACUUGGUAACAAAUGGAAAACAUUCUUCGAAACAAUCCAUGUCUACUUGCGGAGCAGGAUAACAACACCAAACGGAGUAAAUGACAGUGUAUAUUAUGAACCUUUGGAGAUGACAGAUUCUGGGCGGAAUCUGGGCUACAUGAAAAUCAACAGCAUCCAGGUCUUUGGUUACAGUAUGCACUUUGACCCAGAGGCUAUACGGGACUUGAUUCUACAACUGGACUACCCUUACACGCAAGGUUCCAAGGACACAGCAAUGCUGCAGCUCUUGGAAAUACGUGACCGUGUAAACCGUCUUUCGCCUCAAGGUCAACCAAGGUUGGACUUGUUUGCCUGUCUUCUCCGACACAGACUUAAACUGACUGCCAGUGAAGUAGCUCGCAUCCAUGCCUCCCUGGAGGCCUUCAGCUCCCGUCUGCCCAAUCCAUUGGAUUAUGAAACCACUAAACUUUGCAGUUAA